AUGAAGAUGUCAACAAGUGAGGCUCAACAAGUGGUGGUUUUAGUUAUGUCGUCGUUUAAAGACAUCAGGAAUUUUGUUUUUGCUGGAUAUGCCCACGACAUGUUUGAUGACGAAGAAUUCUGCCUUCUCUACGACUUUUAUCAGUCGAAGAAUCCGGAUUUUCCUUACAACUCGUACGUGUCGUUCGAUUUGGGGGAAAUGGAUCCUGCUGAGUGUUAUACCGAGUUUCGAGUCUCGAAAUGGCACAUUCCCUUGCUGGCAGACAGGCUACAGAUUCCCCCAACAUUCCAGUGCCCACAGCGUUCUGUUUGCGAUGGCAUAGAAGGGCUAUGUAUGCUACUGAAACGACUGGCUUACCCCUGUCGAUACAGUGAUAUGGUGCACAGAUUUGCAAGGCCAGUUCCGGUCUUCAGCAUGAUAACAAAUACUGUUCUCGAUUAUGUCCAUGACAGGCAUGGGCACAGACUAGCUCAGUGGAACAAUCAAGUUAUGGACCCCAACCAUUUGCAGCAAUAUGCAGACGUGAUUUCAGCUAAAGGCUCUCCCUUGGACAACUGUUUUGGUUUUGUCGAUGGCACGGUUCAACCAAUAAGUCACCCAGGACAGCACCAGAGGGCUGUAUACAAUGGACACAAGAGAGUCCAUCCAUUAAAAUUUCAAUCUGUUGCUCUACCGAAUGGGUUAAUAGGAAACCUAUAUGGCCCAAUAGGUAAUAAUAAUUAUAAUAAUGUAAGGAAUUAUUUAUGCAUGGUAGUCACUUCAGUUUAAAAUUGUUAAUUAAAAAUAACCCUGAAAAAUAAAUAGAAAGAUGAAGAAAAUAAAAAAACUUAAGAUGGCAAAAAAUUCCAAAGCCGGUUCCUGAAAGGUGGAACAACACUAUCCAGGGAUAAAACUGUCUUAUUCCAGUCAUAACUUUGUCCUGGGAUAAAGUUGACUGGAAUAAGGCAGACUUAUCCCUGGAAUAGAGUUAUUCCACCUUUCAGGAACCGACCCCUGAAAAAAGGUCAAAAAAGGGUAAAAAUCAGGAAUCAAGUACUAAAAAAGUCCCAUCAAGUGGAGGUGAUUGAUCUCUUCAGAGAUAUAAUUUUGCAGAUUAGAAUAUUGAAUAAAUUCUUUUGCAAAGAACUUAAAUUUCCAUCAGGUUCUCUACUGAGUAUGCACCACAAGGUCACAACCAUUGUCCACGCAUCUAAUUGUUUUCUAAACCUUUCAUUUUCAGAAGGUAGAAGACAUGAUGCAGCUAUGUUAGCUGAAUCAGGCUUGCUGCAAGAUCUCCAGCACCAUGCAGUUUCCCCCCAUGGCCACCUAAUGUGCUUAUAUGGUGAUCCAGCUUACCCGCACAGAGUGCAACUCCAACAACCAUUCAGAAAUGCUGUUUUAACACCCCAGAUGCAAGAGUACAAUGUCAGAAUGAGUUCUGUGAGGGAAUCCGUUGAAUGGCUAUUUAGGGACAUAGUGAACUACUUUAAAUUCAUAGACUUCAAAAAAAAUCUUAAAAUAGGCUUGAGUAGUAUUGGCAAGAUGUAUAUUGUCUGUGCAAUUCUGAGAAAUGCACUUACAUGCCUGUAUGGAAAUGAAACUUCCAAGUUUUUUGAAUUAGACCCACCCUCACUUCAUGAUUAUUUUGCCUGA